AUGGCGCGUACUCCCACCACCUCUACCGCCAGCAGUAGCAGCAUGAGUGAAACCCAGGCCGCCGCUUCCACCGCCCUCGCAGCACUUCUCGCCCGUCGCCGCGGCGUCAAGGUCAAGCCCUCAGCGGGUGUUCGAAAGGCGCGGAAGCCCAAGGCGAAGAAAGAGGUCCUCGAGAUGGAGAAGAGCAAGAUCGUAGCGAAGAACGUAACAGUGUUGAAAGGAGCUGGGAAGGUCAGCGAGAAGGAGAGGGAGGUCCGGAUGAGGAUAUUGGGAAUGAGGGAGGAGAAGAGUGGAAAGAAGAAGGGGGGGAAGAAGGUCGUUGUAGAGGACAGCGAUAGUGAUUAG